AUGGCCUCUAUAGAUGUGACCGAGAUCUUGAAGGGAUCUGCCGCGCCAUCUGAGCUCGAAAGAAAGACUCUGAAGAAUCGUGAAAUGCGUACUAAGCAUGCAGAUGAUCCUAAAAAGUUUAUGGAUUCGGAAGUAGAGUUAGACACUGCAAUACAGGAAAUGCAUGUGCUGGCGACACAACCGGAUCUUUACCACUGCUUUGUGGAGGCUGGUGGUCCAUCGCUCAUGCUCACGUUACUCAGUCAUGAAAACUCGGACAUUCUCGGUGCAACCGUUAACCUACUUCAGGAACUAACUGAUGUGGACAUUUUGAACGAGGGUGAAGCAGGAGCAGCACAAUUGAUCGAGAGCUUAUCGUCGGGCCGAAUUAUCGAGUCUUUCCUCACAGCAUUUGAAAAGUUGGAUGAGAAGGUCAAAGACGACGCUGAUGCCAUCCACAAUGCUCUCAGUGUGGUAGAAAAUAUGAUUGACUUCCGACCAGAAACUGCCGAAGACUGUGUGAAUCAAAACCUAUUCCUUUGGUUGUUACGGAGAGCAUGUCAAAAGGGGCAGUUUGAUGCAAACAAGAUGUACGCAAGUGAGCUCGUCGCGCUUUUACUCCAGUUAUCCGAGACGGCGAAACGAAAACUUACUGAGAAGGUCGAUGGUAUUGAUAUGUUACUUCGUGCUCUUGCCGCAUACAAACGACAUGAUCCUGAAAACAUGGAUGAGCGCGAACAUAUGGAAAAUCUUUUUGACGCAUUAUGUGCUGCUCUCAUGCUGCCGGCCAACAGAGGGAAAUUUCUAGACGGUGAGGGCUUACAGCUAAUGAAUCUGAUGCUGAGAGAACGAAAACAGUCGAGGGAAAGCGCAUUGAAGAUGAUUGACUUCCGACCAGAAACUGCCGAAGACUGUGUGAAUCAAAACCUAUUCCUUUGGUUGUUACGGAGAGCAUGUCAAAAGGGGCAGUUUGAUGCAAACAAGAUGUACGCAAGUGAGCUCGUCGCGCUUUUACUCCAGCUAUCCGAGACGGCGAAACGAAAACUUACUGAGAAGGUCGAUGGUAUUGAUAUGUUACUUCGUGCUCUUGCCGCAUACAAACGACAUGAUCCUGAAAACAUGGAUGAGCGCGAACAUAUGGAAAAUCUUUUUGACGCAUUAUGUGCUGCUCUCAUGCUGCCGGCCAACAGAGGGAAAUUUCUAGACGGUGAGGGCUUACAGCUAAUGAAUCUGAUGCUGAGAGAACGAAAACAGUCGAGGGAAAGCGCAUUGAAGGUACUGGAUCACGCAACGACAGGUCCAGAAGGCAAGGACAAUUGUAACAAAUUCGUGGAAAUUUUGGGUUUGCGAACGCUCUUUCCACUCUAUAUGCGUACGCCAUCAAAGGUGAAGAGGAAGGACACCACGCCUGACGAACACGAGGAACAUGUCUGUGCCAUUCUCGCCUCGUUGCUGCGCUCUUGUGGAGACGUUGCUCGCCAACGAAUGAUGAGUAAAUUUGUCGAACACGAACACGAGAAGAUUGAUCGAGCAAUCGAGUUGUUCAUAAAAUAUAAAGAGAAACUGACGAAGUUUGAGGCGAAAAGGUCUCGCAAAGAGGAUAGCUCUGUGGAUGAAGAGGAUGUGGAUAGAGAUUACCUCGAUCGACUCGAUGCUGGUUUGUACAGCGUCGAUGCUGGUUUGUACACAUUACAAAACCUUUCACUCAUCCUCGCCGACGUUUGUGCACACACUAGCUCAGCAAGGCAUCGUGCGUCAAAACUGUUCUCAAUGAAAAUGAAGCAGGAGAAGAUCACAAAAAUCCUUCUACCGCUUCUGACGGAAUAUCAGGCGAAUAUUGGUGAAGGAGGUGAUGAUGAACGUCGCCGAAUUGAUCUUUUGGUCGCAAAGUUGACAAAGGCAGACCGAGAUAAGGAG